ACAAGAAGAAGAAGAAGAAGAACAUCCCUUCCGGGUCAGGUCCAAGGAAACUAAAUUUAGAGGUUCCUUGGUCAAGUUGUUUUUUUAUUAUACAUCUAUGGGUCAAGUCUAAUCCGAGCAGCGGUCUAACUAAACAUUUUAUUUGUUAAGAACGCAUCUUUGAUUAAAGAGGACUUGUGAUAAUCAACGCAAAGACACAACAUGGCGACCACUAUUAGCACUCAGCGGGGACAGGUGUAUAUUGGGGAGCUUCCCCAGGACUUCCUGAGGAUCACUCCAACUCAGCAGCAGCAGCAGGUCCAGCUGGACGCCCAGGCAGCCAGGCAGCUGCAGUUUGGAGGCUCAAUAGGCACCGUAGGGCGACUCAGUAUUACUGUUGUCCAGGCCAAGCUGGCUAAAAACUAUGGUAUGACUCGAAUGGAUCCGUACUGUAGGGUCCGACUGGGCUAUGCAGUUUACGAAACACCAACUGCUCACAAUGGAGCCAAGAACCCGCGCUGGAACAAGGUGAUCCAGUGCACAGUGCCUCCUGGGGUGGACUCCUUCUACCUGGAGAUCUUUGACGAGAGAGCGUUCUCCAUGGACGACAGGAUAGCAUGGACUCAUGUCACCAUCCCUGAAGGCCUGAGGGAGGGCAGUGUGGUGGAUGAGUGGUUCAGCCUAAGUGGCAGGCAGGGCGACGACAAGGAGGGCAUGAUCAACCUGGUGAUGUCUUUUGCUUCCUUACCAGCAGGGAUGAUGACUCAGCCUGUGGUCCUAAUGCCCUCUGUGUAUCAGCAAGGAGUAGGAUAUGUGCCCAUUGCAGGAGUGCCUGCAGUCUACAACCAGGGCAUGGUCCCCAUGGCAAUGCCAGCAGCCGUGCCAGCUGUUGGGGGCCAGGGGCCAGUGUGCAGUGAGGAGGACCUGAAGGCUCUGCAGGACAUGUUCCCCAACCUGGAUAAGGAGGUGGUUCGCACUGUGCUGGACGCACAGCAAGGCAACAAAGACGCUGCUAUCAACUCUCUGCUGCAGAUGGCUGAAGAGCUCUAACUGCAGAACACAAGCUUACAGUGGACACACACACACACACACACACACACACACACACUGCAGCCAUACCUGAGCUCCCAGGCCUCCUGGUAGCCACAUAUAUCUGUUUCCUCUCCCUUUAUUGAAUCCUGGUUGGCAGAUGUAUUUGGUAAAGUCAUGUCAGACUGAUUUAGGUUUGUAUCACAGUCUGUAUUCCCAGGGUUUGAUUUGCACUGUUUGAGUUAUAGUGAGUCAAGUUCAGAGUCCAUCUUCUUUUUAUGUUAAUACUGUUGUUACUAGUAUGUGUAGAACAUGUCUGCAGUAAACCUGCAGUGCACUUCUGCUGUUUCAUAUGUAGCUGGAAAAAGGUAAAUGCAUUCAGAAUCUGAUAAAUUAUUAUGGCUAUAUUAAAUUAUAUAGAAUUGUAUAUGGUGAUGGGAGAAUUGUGAAUGAACAAAUGACCUGAGGGAUUGAGGUGAGAACUGCCAUGUCACACCACACUGAGUGAACUGAUUCAUGAAACCCAUUUUUAAUCACUGUAGUAAGGAUGUCCAGCUUGUUUUAAAGUAAUAUCCUGUGGAGUAUUUUUUUUAAAUAACUAGAGUUUGCAGAGAGAUGCUUGAGAAUGAAGAUGUCCCUGUUAUGAUAAAAUCUGGAUGUUUUGAAGUUUGGCAUGAUGUUGUUUGUAGAGCUUUUGAGACCAAAACACUUUUAUCCAAGUUGUCUACACACUUAGGUGAAGUGAAGACCUAAACAGAGUAAUUCAGUCCACGUUUAAUGAGCUUAAUAUCCACAUAUGUAUUUAGACAUAAUUUCUGCUCCCCGAGCAGUGAGGCCUAAGACAGUGACCUGAUUUCCAUAUAAUGAGCUCUGGAUGUUCAUGGUCCCCAGAAGCUGACUCUUAAUGUUUUUGUUUCCUUAACUUUACUACAGUGCCACCUUGAGAUAAAAGCUUGUGCAUGAGGGAGGUUUUUCAUGCUUCAUAGUUUGACUGCAGCUUCUAACACAGCAAGCAGAGCUUUACAUGUUUAGUCUUCUUGUUUUUCAGCCACAGUGUUUGUAUGUGUUGUAGUUCCUUUAGCUUGCAUUGACACUUAGAGUUUACAAGGUCUUGAUUCUAAUGUGCUUUCUGCCAAAGGUUUCUUUUAAAAGUGUGAUAGUUCUAACUUUUUACUUGUGAUUCCAAAACUAUCACUGUUGAAAUUCUUAAAAUGUCAGUCAUUUUAUUCUGUGUCAUGUGAUUCUGCUGUUUGACACUCACUCACUGCUUCACAGCAUCUGGAAAUCCAAGCACAUGCAAUUUAAGUUGGAGCUGUGGGAAGGAAAAGCCUUUUAUGUGGGAUGUAGGACUGAUAAGACAUAUUUAGAUACCUGUGUUCAAUGUUAACAAGAGCUUAAUUUAAGCCACUUAAGCUUUUCAGCUGGGAAAAAAUGGCAAUGCCAAAAGGAACGGCAGAAUGAAUAGAAGACUCUUUGUUACAGAGAUAAGAUGUCUUACAAGAUAUGGUCGCUAGUAAAAAUAGCUUUAUUUAUCCA